AUGGCAGGGCUCCACGCUUCUUCGGAUCCGUCGGGACAUUUUCUGGACUUAAGCCGGCCGACGCAAGCCUCCGCCGCCGCGGGGCUCGGCGGAGGUGGCGGCACCCGGCCCUACUUGGAGGUGUCGGCCGGCGCUGCCCGGGGCUACGGAGCCGAGGGAGUGUACAGCAACGGCCGCUACCGGGAGCAGAGCAGCCCGACGGUGGGCGAUCGAAGCCGAGAACCGUCCGCGGAGAGGAGCCAGGGAGGAGCGAACACACCUUGCGGCAUCAUGAAGGAUGGGUCCAAGCAGAGGCAGGUGAGGAAAAAGACAGUCUCCUUCAGCUCCAUGCCUAGUGACCGGAAGAUCAAUAGCACAGCAGCAUGCAUGGCUUUCAUGAUGGAGGGCUGCGAGAUGAAGAAGGUGCGCUCCAACUCGCGCAUGUACAACCGAUACUUCCUGCUGGAUCCAGACAUGCACUGGCUCCGUUGGGAGCCCUCCAAAAAAGACUCAGAAAAGGCUAAGCUUGAGAUCAAGAGCAUUAAGGAGGUGCGAUUAGGGAAAAAGACCCCGGUUCUUCGCAGCAACGGUCUGUCUGAUCAGUUCCCAGAUGAAUGCGCGUUCUCGAUCAUCUAUGGGGACAACUACGAGUCACUGGAUUUAGUUGCCACUACAGCAGAUGUGGUUAGUACUUGGGUAAUGGGCCUGAGGUAUCUGGUUUCUUACGGCCGACACCCCGUCGACAUGGUAGAACCCAUUCAACCCAGUGUACGGACAUCUUGGAUUAGCUCAGUCUUUGAGCUCGCAGACAUAGAAAAAGAAGGACACAUUGAUCUAUUUCGGGCCACUCAAAUAAUCAAGGGGCUUAACCCUGGAAUGAAAGAGGCAAUGAUAGAACUUAAGUUCAAAGAACUACAGAAAGCUAAGGACCAAUAUGGAGAGGCAAUUAACAUGGACACAUUUGUGGAGGCCUACUGUGAGCUCUGCACACGUCCAGAAAUUUUUUUCUUGCUGAUGCAGUUCUCCAGCAACAAGGAAUACUUGGACUGUAAAGACCUGAUGCUAUUUGUAGAGGUGGAGCAGGGUGUGGAAGGUGUAACAGAGGACAUGUGCAGGGAUAUGGUUCUGAAAUACGAGCCGUCAGCCAAAGGCAGGGAACGGAUUUACCUCUCCAUCGAUGGCUUUACGCACUACCUCCUGUCCUCUGAAUGUCACAUCUUUGACCCACAGCACAAACGUGUGUGCCAGGAUAUGACUCAGCCCUUGUCCCACUACUACAUCAACUCUUCACAUAAUGCCUCCCUUCUAGAAGAUCACUUCUGGGGUUCAUCUGAUAUCAGCAGUUACAUUCGUGUGCUGAGAAUGGGCUGCCGCAGCAUCGAGGUCAUCGUCUGGGAUGGCCCUGAUAAUGAACCGGUGGUGUACGUCGGUAGUUCUGUGGCCUCGCAGCUAGCAUUCUCCAAGGUCUUGGAUAUCAUUAACCAAUAUGCCUUUGAGAGCUCUGAGUAUCCCCUGAUUCUCUGUUUAGUUGCUCAUUGCUCCAUCCUUCAGCAGAGGGUUAUGGCCCAACACAUGAAAAAGAUUCUUGGGGACAGACUAUAUGUGGAUUCCCCCAACAAAGAGGAACACUACCUACCCUCACCUGAGAAACUGAAAGGUAAAAUCCUCCUCAAGGGUAAGAGACUAGAACCCAACUGCACUGACCUUGAGGGUGAUGUUACCGAGGAGGAAGAGGGUCUAGAGAUGUCAAGAAGAGUCGGAGUAGAUGAUAGGGACCAACUAAAUGGCCUAGGCUGCAAAAGACUCCGUUUGUGCAAGGAAUUGUCUGAUCUCGUGUCACUGUGUAAAUCGAUUCAGUUCAGGGACUUUGACGCCUCAAAAAGGGACCAAAAAUAUUGGGAGAUUUGCUCCUUUAACGAAGUUGAUGCAAAUAGGUUUGCCAAUGAGUUUCCAGAAGAAUUUGUCUGCUACAACAAGCGUUUUCUCUCCAGAGUGUACCCCACGCCGAUGAGAAUUGAUGCCAGUAACAUGAACCCUCAAGACUUCUGGAAAUGUGGCUGUCAAAUUGUGGCCAUGAACUACCAGACACCUGGCCUGAUGAUGGACCUCAAUCUUGGCUGGUUCCGACAAAAUGGAAACUGCGGCUACGUGUUGCGGCCAGCCAUUAUGAGGGAAGAAGUGUCCUAUUUCAGUGCCAAUGCUCGAGAUUCCCUGCCAGGGGUUUCCGCCCAGCUCCUUCACAUCAAGGUCAUCAGCGGGCAAAACCUACCCAAGCCUCGUGGGUCUGCAGCCAAGGGUGACGUGGUGGAACCUUACAUUUACGUGGAGAUCCACGGCAUUCCGGCUGAUUGCGCUGAGCAAAGAACCAAAACCGUGUCCCAAAACGGGGACAAUCCCAUUUUUGACGAGAGUUUUGAGUUCCAGAUCAACUUGCCGGAAUUGGCGGUUCUGCGUUUUGUGGUGCUGGAUGAUGACUACAUCGGAGAUGAGUUCAUUGGCCAAUACACUAUCCCGUUCGAGUGCCUGCAGCCUGGUUACAGGCAUGUCCCCCUACAGUCUCUCACAGGGGAGUUUCUACCCAACACCACAUUGUUUGUCCACGUCGCCAUCACAAACAGACGAGGCGGAGGAAAAGCCCAUAAGAGAGGUAUUUCUGUCAGGAAGGGUCGGAAGGCCCGAGAAUACACCAACACCAAGACUACAGGGAUCAAAGUUGUAGACGAACUUUUCAGAGCGUCAACCCAACCCCUUAGGGAGGCCACAGACCUCAGAGAAAAUGUUCAGAAUGCCAUGGUGUCCUUCAAGGAGCUGUGCGGGCUGACGCCGGCCGCCAACAUGAAGCAGUGCAUCCUGACCGUGUCCACCUGGUUGAUGAACAGCGAACGUUCGCUACGGGUGACAGUAGACCUGAGUGAGACCUACCCCACUAUGGAGGCGCAGGGUCUGGUGCCUGAGCUGCUGCGCAAAGUGCUCAAUGCCUACGAUAUGAUGAUCCAAACCAGCAGAACGCUGAUUGAGUCAGCUGAUGUGGUCUACUCCAGGCUUGUGCAAGCACAACGUGCAGGUCUGGACUUCCACGAGGACCUGCAUCGCAUUGGCGCAAAAGAGGGCUUGAAGGGACGCAAACUUCAAAAGGCCAUGGAAAGCUACGCCUGGAAUAUCACCGUGCUCAAGGGCCAAGCGGACCUGUUAAAGCACGCCAAAAGCGAAGCACUGGAUACCCUGCGUCAGAUCCACUGUGCGGCUCAGUCGUGUGGCCUCAGCAAGAACGGCGCAUCCUCCCCUCAGCUGCCGCAUCAUUCCCAGCAACACCAGACGCAGCCUCCGGCCAAGGCCCCGCCGCAGCCCCAGCUGUCUUCCCCCUCGCAAGCCCAACCCUGGACCGGACUUCAUUCUCCGCUUCCGCUGCUUCAAACUCAUCCCAAACCUCCCGCUUACACCCCUCCGCCUCCCCUGCCGCCGCACUUCCACUUCCAGCAGCAUAAGGCAGCCGCGCCUCUGGACUCCAUUACGGAGAAGGAGACGUUAAGCGAGGAUCCGGCGGGACCCUGCUGA